AUCAUUCUGUUGUCAAAUUCGUGAAACGUCAACCGGAUUGUUUUCAACCAGCCAGGGCAGGCUCCAACCAGUGUCGAAGGUGAUCUGGAGUUCUGAUAAGUGUAAAUUUGCACUUGCGUUAUUAAAAGGAUGUUUCUCGUGGCGGUGACGGGCGGAAUCGCAACUGGAAAGAGCACAGUUACGAAAAUAUUUCGUGAAAACGGUGUCCCAGUGAUCGAUGCAGAUUUAAUUGCUCGUCAAGUGGUAGAAAUCGGACAACCAGCCUAUCGUGAAAUUGUAGAAAUAUUUGGCGAUGAUGUGCUCAAAGAAAACGGGGAAAUCAACCGUGACGCUCUUGGGAAAAUCGUUUUCAAUAAUCGGGAAUUACGGGGAAAAUUAAAUCAAAUAACGCAUCCUCGAAUACAUCGACGUAUUUUCAUGGAAGUUAUUCAGAAUUUGCUUUCAGGCAAGAAAUAUGUUGUCAUGGAUUUGCCGCUGCUUUUCGAGACGGGCAUAUUGAUAGAUUUUAUAUAUAAAAUUAUAACUGUCACUUGCAAUGACGAUCUGCAAACGCAACGAUUGAUGAAACGAAGCAACCUGACUGAAGAGGAAGCACGGAAACGAAUAGAAUCCCAAAUGCCACUCGAGCUCAAGUGCCAGAAAUCACAUUUCGUUAUAGAGAACUCAGGAGACUACUCGGCGACUGAAAGUGCGACUUUAAACAUUUUAUCAGUAUUAAAUGCAAGCAAGCAUCAUUGGCGUGUUAGAGCUUAUUUGUUGUUGGGAUGUAGCAUUCUGAUUGCAUCCUUAGUUUACUUGGGAAAAGUUUUUAAUUUAUUUUAGGCACUUUUGUCGUCCAUUUGAAGUAUUUUCGCUAGAAAAAUCCAAGAGUUGCGUUUGAAGUAAUUAAAGUGUGUUGAAUAGUACAAUUCCUACGAAAGAUGUAGUUACCAAACAAUUUUAGAUGGUAUUAUUCUAUCAAAAUAAAUACAAUGAGUCCAAAA